UCAUCUCCAUACAAUAAGCCGUCACCUGUCUGCCCUGGGCCAGGUGAGAUGGCUGCGAAUAACUCUGACAGCCCAUUUUUUAGGUUCUCCCCGAGAAGCAGCAGUUUUAACUGUGGUCGGGACAUCUUCGGGAGGCCGAGCAGAACCACAAGUUCGAGGCACGCUGAAGGAAGGCUUAGCGACGUUCAUCAACGCAGAAGGGACAACAUGCAUUCCGUGUGCUUCGCCGACGAUACUCCCACCCCACGGAGCUCAACAGACGAUGAUAUGGCUAUGAAGAGGAAGGAGGCUCCAUCUCCUCCCCCAACUCUCAGGCACAGCUCUUUACACUCUAGCAGACAUAGCCUUGUUCUUGACGAGGAAACCUUCGAAGAAGCAUUUCUCAGAUGUGCCAUAUGCCGGGAUAGGUACGAAAGCGCUGAAAAAGUUCCCAAACUGCUGCCUUGCCAUCAUACCUUCUGCUUGCCCUGUCUCACGCAAAUGGUGCGCACGGAAGGCGAACACCGACAGAGUUACUCCCCCUUGUUUCGACAGCUCCAGAACCCCGUCACCAUCCACUGCCCGUCUUGCCGAUCAGGGUUCCUGGCCACGGAAGAGAACCUGAAGCAGUUGGCGACGGACUACCGCGUGGUGCAGCUUAUGGACUUCUUGAAGCGAACCAACCGCUUCAAGGUGAACCUCUGUUCCAAGCACCACCUUCAGGCCCUGAACUUCUUUUGCGAGACGUGCAUCGUCCCUGUGUGCCGAGACUGCACCGUCAUUGACCACAAGGAGUACAAAGGGCACAUCGUCAUGGACAUGGAAGAAGCCCUGAAGAAGUACGUCCCGACCAUCGACACGACCAUCGACGCUUUGGAACACGAGGUCGCCACGAUGCAGGAUCGACGGCUCAUCCUGGAGAACGCCACGAAGGAGCUGGAAGAGUCGCGCCAUACUCUCUUCCUCAACGUCGAACAGAGUUUCGCCACUCUUCGCACGUGCAUGGAGGAACGCGAAAAGGAAAUCCUGGAACUUUGCGAUCUCGUAGUGGACAAGGAAAAAGAGAAGAUCGCAGACAAGCUCAACUUGAUAUCGGAGAGAGAAGACAAACUCCUAGCCAAGGGCAAACAUCUCCGCGAAAGCAAAGGCGCCGACGACGUGGAGCAAAUGUUCCGGGGGCAACAAGACGUCAGGAAGUUCCUUAGUACCCCAACGGUCGGUCUGUCGUCGCGUGACCCAGCUGAAGAAGGUCUUCAGACGACAUUCAAGUUCCACAAUCUGGAAUUGAACAAUAUUAUACUUCGUCUCAAUAAUUUCGGGGACAUUACAGCCAAAACAGAAGUGAACAGUAGACGAGGCGGGACCAGAGGUGAACGUUUUAAAAGCGUUUAACGUAUGGGGCUCUGUACAUCAAAGGCGGGUAUAUCACUACACAUUAAUUAUAAACUAUGUAUACGAAAUAGCUACGUGAAUUCAUGAAGUCAACUUACAGAUUUAAUGAACAACAACUACAGUUGCGCAGAAGUAUAUACGACAGCAGUUUUGAAUUUCGACCUCAGUAACGUGCUAAAUAUCUCUUUUAAUCCGCCAAGAGACGAGAUAACGGUUUUCAGUGUUGCUCCACAUAUACACUUUGGAGGUUUCAUGGAUGCCAGGUUCCACACUUUACUUUCGGAAACAACUGAGAAUUGUCCAUGAUACCCUUGAGUCACCCACCAAAGUUCAUUGUUGAAGGAGCAGAACCUUGAUAGACAUUUUUGGUAAAUUUGUAAAGUGCUUCAAUCCUUGCGGUGCUCAACACAUAACCGUGAACACAAGGCCAAAAGUGUUUGGCCGGGGCACUGUUUCAGAAUCCAGAACUUGAUUAUGGAAGAUGUGAAUUGUUUGCGGGGUUUUCUCUUUCUCGAACCAGAAAAACACUGUAUAGAAACCUCCGAGGAAGAAAAAGGUUGUUUCGUCUUCCCAACGAUGCUGAUAACAGUUUUAAUGUAUUUAUUUGGCUAUCACAGUAACAUGAUGAUGAACAAUUAUGCAUUUAUAACCACUUUGUUGUCAAGAAGGCCUGAUCUAUGCACAUACUUAUUGUGAAUUUGUGUGUUAUUUAAUGUAAAUUUCAAACAAGGUAGUAUAGUGGAUAUAAAUAUAUUUCAGUUUAUGUAUAUAGGUUGAUUUUUCUUUGUUGGUGGACAUGGUCUUUGCAACGUGUGCGUGAGCAAUUUUUCUGAAAUAUAUCCAGAACUACGAA